AGAGACCCAACGAGAUUGACCACCAACAAAGCCCAACCAGAAACGAACAGAGGAGAGAGAAAACGCAGCAUCGAGGAGAGAGAGCUCUGGAGCUCGAGCGCUGCGGCGAGGGGAGGGGAGAGAUGAGCGGAGAGGCGGCGGCGGGCGGCGGCGGGGAGGCGAACGGCAUCCCGCCGAACGUGACCAUCUACAUCAACAACCUCAACGAGAAGAUCAAGCUUGAAGAACUUAAGAAGUCCCUCAACGCUGUUUUCUCCCAGUUCGGGAAGAUUCUUGAUGUUCUUGCUUUCAAGACUUUGAAGCAUAAAGGCCAAGCAUGGGUUGUCUUUGAAGAUGCUGCAUCAGCAACUGAGGCUCUAAAGAGGAUGCAAGACUUUCCCUUCUAUGACAAACCUAUGAGAAUUCAAUAUGCCAAGACCAAGUCAGAUAUUGUAGCAAAAGCUGAUGGCACCUUUGUACCUCGAGAAAGAAGGAAGAGGAUCGAUGAAAAAACUGAAAAGAAGCAGAAGCGCGAGCAGCACCACGAUGUUAGUCAAGUUGGCUUGGGUGUAAAUGCUUACCCUGGUUAUGGGGCUCCUCAGCUCACUCAGAUACCUUUUGCUGGAGGACAGAAGGUCAUGAUGCCAGAGAUUAUUGUACCAAACAACAUCCUAUUUGUCCAAAACCUUCCACACGAGACGACCCCCAUGAUGCUGCAGAUGCUUUUCUGCCAGUACCCUGGUUUCAAGGAAGUGAGGAUGAUCGAGGCAAAGCCUGGAAUCGCUUUCGUGGAGUACGGAGAUGAGACGCAGGCCACUGCUGCCAUGAACGCUCUCCAAGGCUUCAAGAUUACAAAAGAUAACCAGAUGCUUAUCACAUACGCGAAAAAGUAACGAGCUCCCAAGCUGUAUUGACUUGAUGAAUGAAUGUUGUAUUCUGAGUUUUGUGCAAUUGGUAGAUUUCCAUCAUGUGUUAGGUAGACUACAUCCUGCAUAAUCCGGUUAAGUGUACGGCUUAGCUGCGGUUGUGUGCGUUUCAGAGACACAUAAUGAGAACUAUUGUUGUCUCAGUUUCUGCUAGGGAUGUUUUCCUGUUCCUUGGCUCCAUUAAUCUCGUUUCUGUUGGGCA